UGAGCUAGAUACGGAUCCACCGGCAUCAUGGCUUCCAUAUUAGAGAGGAAGUGAUUUUAGCACACCCUAGAAGAAAAGAGCCAUUCAUUGUUAAAAAUCGGAGCCUAGUCUACUACCUAGUCUCAGUUUGGGACUGAGGGUCUGGGCCGCCCUCUUCUCUCUAUCCUCGGCCGCCUCUAGAACGAGGAUCUACUGUGUUUUUAUUGUGUUUUCAUCCGUAAAUUGUGGAAGAUGGCCGACCCGGCAGAGUGUACCAUCAAAGUGAUGUGCCGUUUCAGGCCCUUGAACAGUUCAGAGGUGACUAGGGGGGACAAAUACAUCCCCAAAUUUCAAGGGGAAGACCAUGUGGUCCUCGGGAGCAAACCGUUCCAGUUUGACAGGGUGUUCCAGCCUAAUACGACACAGGAGCAAGUUUAUAACGCCUGCGCCCAGAAGAUUGUCAAAGAUGUUCUGGAAGGGUACAACGGGACGAUAUUUGCAUACGGGCAGACGUCAUCGGGCAAAACACACACUAUGGAGGGUAACCUCCACGAUCCAGAUGGGAUGGGUAUCAUCCCCAGGAUAGUGCAGGACAUUUUUAACUACAUCUACUCCAUGGAUGAGAACCUGGAGUUUCAUAUCAAGGUUUCAUAUUUUGAAAUUUACUUGGACAAGAUUCGAGACCUCUUGGAUGUGUCAAAGACCAACCUGUCGGUUCAUGAAGACAAAAACAGAGUUCCCUAUGUCAAGGGAUGCACAGAGAGAUUUGUCUGCAGCCCAGAAGAAGUCAUGGACACUAUUGACGAAGGCAAAUCUAACAGACACGUAGCUGUUACAAACAUGAAUGAGCACAGCUCCAGAAGUCACAGCAUCUUCCAGAUUAACGUGAAACAGGAGAACACUGCUACAGAGCAAAAACUCAGUGGGAAGCUCUACCUCGUCGAUCUGGCUGGAAGUGAAAAAGUCAGCAAGACUGGUGCGGAGGGUGCCGUACUGGAUGAGGCCAAGAACAUCAACAAGUCUCUUUCAUCCCUGGGAAACGUCAUCUCUGCUUUGGCCGAAGGAUCAGGCUAUAUACCUUACAGAGAUAGUAAAAUGACCAGAAUCCUUCAGGACUCUCUGGGUGGGAAUUGUAGGACCACCAUCGUAAUCUGCGCCUCCCCCUCUGCCUACAAUGAGUCCGAGACCAAGUCCACCUUAAUGUUUGGGCAGAGAGCCAAGACCAUCAAGAACACUGUGUGUGUGAAUGUGGAGCUGACAGCAGAACAGUGGAAGAAGAAAUACGAAAGGGAGAAAGAGAAGGGCAAGGCGCUGAGGAACACUAUUACCUGGCUGGAGAACGAACUAAACCGCUGGAGGAACGGUGAGAGUGUGCCGGUGGACGAGCAGUUUGACAAGGAGAAGGCCCAGGCCGAGGUGCUGGCUCUGGACAACGUGCCCAACGACAAGCCUGCCUCCACCCCCAACAUGCCUCAGCUCCGUCUGACCGACGCUGAGAAGGACAAGUGUGAAGUGGAACUGGCCAAGCUAUACAAGCAGCUGGAUGAUAAGGAUGAUGAGAUCAACCAGCAAAGCCAGCUGGCUGAAAAGCUCAAGCAGCAGAUGUUGGACCAGGAGGAGCUGCUGGCCUCAUCGCGACGUGACCACGACAACCUGCAGUCAGAGUUAAACCGCCUGCAGGCUGAGAAUGAGGCUUCCAAGGAUGAGGUGAAGGAGGUUCUACAGGCGCUGGAGGAGCUGGCUGUUAACUAUGACCAGAAGAGUCAGGAGGUGGAGGACAAGACCAAGGAGUUUGAGAUCCUCAGCGAAGAGCUCAACCAGAAAACGAGUGUCUUGACAUCCAUCGAUUCUGAGCUCCAGAAGCUGAAAGAGAUGACAAACCACCAAAAGAAGAGGGUCACUGAGAUGAUGUCAUCUCUACUCAAAGACCUGGCUGAGAUUGGCAUCGCCGUGGGCAGCAAUGACAUCAAGCAACACGAGGGCAGUGGUCUAAUAGAUGAGGAGUUCACGGUGGCUCGUCUGUACCUCAGCAAGAUGAAGUCUGAGGUGAAGACCAUGGUGAAACGCUGUAAGCAGCUGGAGAGCAGCCAGUCAGAGAGCAACAAAAAGAUGGACGAGAACGACAAGGAGCUGGCCGCCUGUCAGCUGAGGAUCCAACAGCAUGAGGCUAAGAUCAAGUCCCUGACGGAGUACCUUCAGAACGUGGAGCAGAAGAAGAGGCAGUUGGAGGAGAACGUUGAUUCUCUGAAUGAGGAACUGGUCAAGAUCAGCGCCCAGGAGAAAGUCACUGCAAUGGAGAAGGAGAACGAGAUCCAAUCUGCCAAUGAAGUUAAGGAGGCUGUGGAGAAGCAGAUCGCCGGCCACCGCGAGGCCCAUCAGAAACAGAUCAGCAGCCUGAGAGAUGAGCUGGACAAGAAGGAGCACCUCAUCACUGAACUGCAGGAUCUGAAUCAGAAGAUCAUGCUGGAACAGGAGCGCCUGAGGGUGGAACACGAGAAACUCAAGUCCACCGACCAGGAGAAGAGCCGCAAGCUUCACGAGCUCACGGUGAUGCAGGACAGGAGAGAGCAGGCCAGACAAGACCUGAAGGGGUUGGAGGAGACCGUGGCCAAGGAGCUACAGACGUUGCACAACCUCAGGAAGCUCUUUGUUCAGGAUCUGGCUACAAGAGUGAAGAAGAGUGCUGAGAUGGACUCUGAUGAUACUGGAGGCAGUGCGGCGCAGAAACAGAAGAUCUCCUUCCUGGAGAACAACUUGGAACAGCUUACCAAGGUUCACAAACAGUUGGUGCGUGAUAACGCGGACCUGCGCUGUGAGCUUCCUAAACUGGAGAAGCGCCUGCGUGCCACGGCCGAGCGGGUCAAGGCCCUGGAGUCGGCCCUGAAGGAGGCCAAAGAGAACGCGGCACGAGACCGCAAACGCUACCAGCAGGAGGUGGACCGCAUCAAAGAGGCCGUUAGGGCCAAGAACAUGGCCAGGAGGGGCCACUCCGCUCAGAUCGCCAAACCCAUUCGUCCUGGCCAGCCCCCAGUGGCGUCCCCCACCCACCCCAACGUGAAUCGCAGUGGGGGGGGGUUCUACCAGAACAGCCAGACCGUAGCCAUCAGAGGAGGAGGCGGUGGCGUGAAGCCAGACAAGAACAGCUGAAGAAAAGAUGAUACAUGACCACAGAAGAUGCAGAUGGAUAUCACCAUGACAACCUGUCAUUCCAUCACAGCCAUUGGCUCCCUGCAGGGUAUAUAUUAGAGAGAGGGAGGAGUUUUAAUAUAAAUAUAUAAAUAUUCCUGGCCUGUACAGAUGCACCUGCCCUCAAGUUUUGUUUCUCUGGAACAAACAACAACCACAUUAUAUUUAAUAUAGAAAAUAAACCACACAAGACCCCAGCAACCACAGAGGGCAGCGUUGGCACGAUGAACGACAUGUGACCUGAGUGUGUAGCUUUGUUUGAACAGUUUGUUGUCAUUCAUGUCUUAAGGUGUUGGUUGCAAUGUGCCAAGUUGAAUGUAUGGUUACCAGGAUUUCUAAAGAGAUGAUCAAAAAGAAAAGCAGUGGGUCCUUGAUCCCGCACAUGCUCUUACAUCUUUUGUACAGUACUUUUCCUGAUCAUUCUACUGAGUGUAUCACACGUCUGUCUCUGGUAGAUUUUGAAAGCUUCUCCAAUAGAUAGCUGCAUUGAGCACUAAGGUCCUGUUGUACAGAUGUAACGUGACAUGCCUGGGUUCUACUGCAGAGUGGUGUGGCUACUGUCUACAUUUGUCAUAACAGACAACCUGUGAUGGCCAUUGUUUUUACUGUAAUGAAAAUACAAAAGAACCCCGACACAUCCUGGCGAGGUGACUAGACGAAACGCAUAUAAAGAAGGAAAAAGGGUGUCAUUUACAGCAUCCCCAAUGACACCCUGCCUCCAAUAUAGUGCACUUCUUUUGACCGGGUCCCAUAGGUAAAUGUGCCAUUUGGGACACAGACAACACCUUGUCACGGCCUGUUCACUGCCUGGAUGUUAUUUCUCUAUGAGCACAUUGGAGCAUGUGUGGACUGCAGGCGUGCUUAGGGCAGGCGGCACCCACAUGCCAGUCCUGUCCUAGAUUUUCUAGCUCGGUCACUCACCACCUGUCCUCUAAACAAAUCAAGGAUGUUGGCCUGUGACUAUUGACAUUUUUAUUUUUACACUCUAACUAUUAAUAAUAUCUUCCUGUCAAUGGCUCCUCCCGGUGUCCUCCCUGUUGUGUCGAGUGGAGUAAGCAAUACAUUAUGCUAUUAGAUUACGGCUAUUACCUAGACGAACAUCCCUUCGUUGGAAUACUUCCCUCAGAGUCUUAUAUUGAGAAUCAACGUAAGGCAGGUUCUGACUUCCCAAAUCACCCUCCAGCUCUAAAUGAGGCCAACAUUGACAUAGUUACUCCCCAUUGGUUGAGCCAGGUUAAGUUCACAUGUAAUCUUAUUGUGGAUUGAUGUAGUGUCUCACUGUUCCAUAUCUAGACAAGCAGAUUUGUAUUGGUCAGAAGGUUGGGGGGACGGUUUUGGAUUGGCCUGCCCUUGCCACUGAUCAAGCAGUCAGAUGAGCAGGGGGUGUUGGAUGAGGGUUGGUUGGGUUCAGUCUGCUGGUGUAUUAGUCUGGCUCUGAAAUGGCACCCUGUUAAGUACAGUGCUAGUUUUGACCCAAGACCCAAAUAGGCCCUGGUUGAAAGUAGUGUGCUUACGUGAAUAACAUGCCAUUUCAGAUGCAGCUCAUCCAUAAGCUGUGCAUUUUGGGAUGUGGUUUAUUGUUAAUCAAAGUUGUAAUCAGGACCCAAUGACUUUAUAUAUUUUAAACGUGCUUUUUAUUUUAAUUUUAAUUUUUUACAUUUUCCCGGAUCAUCUUCAGUAAUAUUUCCCCUUCGUGUGAGAGUAAAAUGU